AAGGACAGGAAGAGACACAACAAUGCAAAGACACCAGAUGCAGAAGCAAAGGCAAUGAAACCUCAGGAGAAGAAAGUAGAAACUUCAAAGCAGAGCUGAAGAGCAUCAACCACCCUCUGCACCCUAAAAAAGAAAAUGCAAAAUCCAGGUUCAGCAGCAGCUUCAUCACCAUCACCACCACCACAUCAGUGGCCUUCACUUUCAGUUCCCUCCAAAUUCACAACAAUUUUCAAUCUUAGAGACCCAAAACCAAAACCCACUAUCCUCCUUUAUACCUUCCUAGCCAUCUCUCUUCUCUCCAUCACCUUCAUCUUCUUUCUCUCCUUCUCUUCUUCAUCAUCAUCAUCAUCUUCCCUUACACAUUCUGGACCCGACCCAUUUCUCUACCCGACCCAUCAAACACAUCGCAUCAUCUACGACAACAACAAAGCCACCCCUUCCCCUCCCUCCAUUGCAUACCUCAUUUCCGGGUCCCAUGGAGAUUCGGGUCGGAUCCUCCGGUUACUCUACGCCUCUUACCACCCUCUUAACCAGUACCUCCUCCACCUCGACCCUUCUGCUCCUCAGGCAGAUCGUGAGCAAUUGGCACUCACUGUCCAAACAAACCCCAUUUUCAAAGCUGCACAGAAUGUUCAUGUUAUGGGAAAACCCGAUUUUGCUUACCCUAAAGGGUCUUCACCUGUUUCCUUGACCCUUCAUGCUGCAUCAAUAUUGCUUAGGUUGUCCCUCAAAUGGGAUUGGUUUGUUAGCCUCGGUGCUGAUGCUUACCCACUUGUUACCCAAGAUGAUCUUCUCCACAUAUUGUCGUUUCUGCCUAAAGAUUUGAACUUUGUUAAUCAUUCAAGCUAUAUUGGAUGGAAAGAGUUGAGGAAGUUGAAACCCAUUAUUGUUGAUCCUGGCCUGUAUCUUUCAGAAGGGACUGAAAUGUUUUAUGCUACUCAGAAGAGGGAACUCCCUAGUGCAUACCGCUUGUUUACUGGUUCAUCUUUUUCUGUCUUAAGCCGUAGUUUUAUGGAGUUCUGCAUAUUGGGAGUAGACAACCUCCCAAGGGUUCUAUUGAUGUAUUUUGCAAACACACCUUCAUCACUGUCCAGCUAUUUCCCUACAGUUCUCUGCAAUUCUAACCAGUUCAACAGGACAGUCAUAAAUCAGAACUUAUUAUAUGCUCUCCAUGACAGCCAUAGAAAUGAUCUUCGACCACUCAAUUCCACUGAUUUUGAUGACAUGAUUCGAAGCAGAGCAGCCUUUGCUCAGAAGUUCCAGGCAGAUGAUCCGGUGCUUGAUCUCAUCGACCAAAAAAUUUUGGGUAGAAGUCGUGGAUCAGUUGUUCCGGGUGGAUGGUGCUUAGGUGAGCCUGGGAAUAGCACAUGUUUAACUUGGGGAGAUGCUAAGAUCUUGAGACCUGGUUCAGGUUCUCAACGACUCGAAAAAGCAAUUGUUGAAUUGUUGUCAAAUGGCACUUUCCGAUCCCAUCAGUGUAUAUAUGAAUGAACUGACUCUAGCCUGAUGUCAUACAAUGUAACCCAGUAGAACCCCCCGCCCCCACAAAUAGAAUUGGUAAGAACUAAGAACCUACUGCUUGGUGUUUGCUUUAUCUGUUGGAAAUCUUGUGACAAAGUCAGGGGAUGGAUUUUUUUUGUAGGUAUGAGUAUUAGUUCUAU